AUGACUGAAGCUGUGACUGUUGCAUUGCGCGUGCGCCCGCUGGUUAAAUCUGAGGUGCAGCGCGGCUGUCGCGUUGCGGUGCAGCGCGCAGCACCAGGUAUGCCACAAGUAGCUGUAAAUCGCACAGACUACUUUACGUACAAUCAUGUGUUUGACAGCGACGACACACAGCAGGGAAUAUACGAUAGCUGUGUACAGCCCAAGUUGCUACGUCUGCUGAAUGGCUUUAAUGUAACCAUCUUGGCCUAUGGUCAAACCGGCUCGGGUAAAACUUACACUAUGGGUACGGGCUUUGAUGGCAUCAUGGAUGAGCAUGCGGGGCUUAUACCACGCGCUGUUAAUGAAAUCUUUCAGCAAAUGAUGGCAAUGUCACAGAACGUUGAAUACAAGGUGACAUGUUCCUUUGUGGAGCUAUAUCAGGAGCAGUUUUUCGACUUGUUUUCAAGAAAGAAACGCGAGGAUAGCACUGUAGAUAUGCGCGAGGAUAAGAAUGGCGUGUUUUUACUCGGACUCACAGAGCUGAAUGUACAUGCUGCCAAGGAGGUAACUGAUCAGCUCAUGCGUGGCUCCUCUGGACGCGCAGUGGCCGCCACAGCCAUGAAUGAGACGUCCUCUCGCUCACAUGCUAUCUUUACGCUCACCAUUGUGGCUACAACGAAAGGAAAUGAGGAUAAAACUGUGACAACUUCCAAGUUUAAUUUUGUGGACUUGGCUGGGUCCGAGCGCUGUUCCAAGACACUAGCCUGCGGCGAUCGUUUCAAGGAGGGCGUUAAUAUAAACAAGGGUCUGCUGGCGCUGGGCAAUGUUAUCACUGUGCUGGGCUCUAAUCAGGGAACAGGCUAUGUGCCUUAUCGGCAAUCGAAGCUAACGCGGCUGCUGCAGGACUCACUGGGCGGAAAUUCCGUAACUGUAAUGAUAGUCUGUGUUAGUCCAGCGGACUACAACGUGCCGGAAACGUUAAGUACGCUACGCUAUGCAGACCGCGCUUUGCAAAUUAAAAACAAGGCUGUAGUUAAUUUGGAUCCCCAUGCAGCUGAAGUGGCCAAGCUGAAGGACACAAUACAGCAAUUACGCCUAGAGCUGCUGGCCAGUCGUGGUGGUGCUAUUGGUAGUAUUAUUGGUGCAGCUAGUGUGGUUGGCGGCAGUGCUAACUGCGAAAGCGAAACAAACUGUAGCUUGGAAAAUCAGAAGCUGAAGGAGCAGCUGCAGCAACUACAACAAUCAUAUGCUAGUAUUGAAAAGAAAAACCAUCGACUGCAGCUGGAACUGCAUCAGGCGCUGGUCAGCUUAGCAGACAAUGAGAUGCGUGCGCAUAUAAAUGAGAUAUCGCAUGACAAGCUCAAGGCGCAUGUGCAGCAAUUAAAAGCAAAGUUAAAUGAAACGCUGCCUCAAGCUGAAGGGGAACAACAGCAGGAGGGAGAAGAGAAGCUGGAGCCUCUUCAGAAGCAACUGCGUGAAAUUUCCCAAUUGAUUAGCACUGUGGAUGGUGAGUUGCUGGAAAGCGAAACGGCUCUGCAGGCGCAUCGUUUGGAAUGCCUUAGCGACAGUGCCAACAACAGCAAUAACAACGAAGAGUCUAGGGAGGAACCACACGAGCAGCUGCAAACACGCACCGAUGAGCAUACAAUGAAGCAACUAAAUUUAACUGGCGAACUGCGCUACAUAUUACGGCAACUGGAUUUAAAGCAGGAGCUGCAUGAGCGCGUCACGCGCAAUCUGAGCAAGCUAGAAGAGACUGACAACGAUGAGAAGUUCAAGCAGUGCGAGCAAAAGAUUGAGCAGCUCGAAACGGAGCGACGCGAAUUACUCGAUCAGCUGCGUUGCAGCAAGCAGAAAGACACCUCUGCGAAGUUAGCUGAGGAGCGACGAAAGCGCCUACAGUUGCUCGAGCAGGAAAUUGCGGAAAUGCGGCGUAAGAUUGUCCAACAGGCCAAUAUGCUGAAGAUGCGCGAGAAGGAGCGCGAGAAGAUUAAUAACCUAAGCAGUGAAAUACGCGCCAUGAAGGAGUCCAAGGUGAAGUUAAUACGCGCCAUGCGCGGCGAAUCCGAACGCUUCCGCCAAUGGAAGAACAUGAGCGAAAAACAACUAACGCAGCUCAAGAGUAAGGAUCGCAAGAUGGCCAGCGAAAUGGUGCGUCAGCAAACGUUGCAUGCCAAGCAGCGGCAGGUGCUAAAGCGCAAAUGCGAAGAGGCCAUGGCUACAAACAAACGUUUAAAGGACGCUUUGGAGCGUCAGCGUGCCGCGCAAGCACAACGCCAAAAGCAUGCCAAGAACCCAGCAGCUGGUUAUAAAAUAGAGGCGCUGGUGGAUCGUGAAUUAGAGGUUAUACUUUCGCUGGUGGAUGCUGAGCACAGCUUGGAGCAGCUCAUGGAUGAUCGUGCCAUUAUCAAUGCGCACUACAACGAACUAAAGCUGCAACAAGCAAGCGCUGAGAAUGCCGCAGAGCACGAACAGCAGUUGGCCAAUUUGGAUGAGGAACUGGAGAUGCGCAAUGCCCAGAUAACAGACUUGCAGCAGAAAGUAUGUUCCCAUGACCUUAACAGCCGCAUGCUUGAGCUGAGUGAGAAUGUACAGAACAUAGCUGAGUCACGUUCGAUAAAUAAGCAUCUGUUAAGGAGUCUGGUUCAGCAACGGCGCGAUCAGGCGGCUGGUCUGCUAGAGCAAAAGAUACUGCUGGAGGAGCAGCGCAAUCAGCUGCUUGAGAUGCAGCAGCGACAUGAUGAGCUAACGAAACGUCUGCUACUCGCCAAUUGUGAGCAUGAGGAGCAAAUGUUGCGUCAACAGCGCAACUACGAGGAAAAGGUUGCGUUGCUGUUGCGCAGCUCAGACAAACAGCUGGCGGAUCCGCAACAGAAAAUGUUCAUCGAAGAGCUAAUCGCUGCCAAAGACGCACUGCAGUCUCAGCUAGAUGCCGUCGAAGCCAAAAGAAAAAAACCAAGGCAAAAUAAAAAUAAAGAUGAGGAGGACAUUGUUGAGCUAAACGAUACAAUCGAAUCCAUUGACAGUGAAGAUGAUCCUGAAUGGGUGCCAAAGACUCGCAAACGCGAUACCUCUAAGAGCUUAUCGUAUACCACCGCUGCCAGCAACACGCAAGUCGAUCCAACGAACUGCUCACAGAGCUCACUAGACGAAAACGCCACCACCAACAUGGAUGAUUCAAGUCAAGCCGCCAGGUGCAGGUGCCGCUUUAAAUGUAAUACGAGGCGUUGUGGCUGUUUUAUCAAGGGCCUCUCCUGCAGCAGCAGUUGCAAAUGUGACGGUUGCUGCAGCAAUCCAUUCAAGCAGCAGUCGAACAACGAGGAGAAUGCCGCGUCCAGUCUCAUGCUAAACACCACGGUGACAAUACAGGAGCAACCGACUCCGUUGUGUAAUGCCGAAAAUCCAUUGAUGUCCAGAAGCUCUGAAGACAAUAAGCCGGAUUUACAUGCAGAGCUGAAGCAAGAAACAACGUUGGGAAGUCCUGCUUUUAAGAAUACAUUCCAGUUAAGAAGCUCUGAACUCACCCUGCUGACUCCCUCAUCAAAGAAAAAGUUCUUUAAUUUUCCAAACAAAAAUUGUUAGCUUGUAUGUUAUAUUCCACCGUUCGCAUUAUUGUCUUUUGUUAGUAUAUAUUCUAAUUUUGUUCAAGUAUUUGUUCACAUUUGUAUACCAGUGAGUCAAAUCAAUUUUUGAUAAAUGGGCUCAAAACAAACUGUAAGAUCCAAAAUGCAACUUUGUCUGCAGCAUAAAAGU